AUGCCGUUUGAACGUCAAGCCAGGAAGUAUGGAUGGAGUGCUGUAGAGCGAGUGGACAGACUACAUGAGUGUUUAAGAGGAGCUGCAGUGCGGUACGUCUGCUCAUUACCAGAACGCAUAAGGGAAGAUUAUGUUCUGCUGGUGGAGCAACUCGCUCAACGUUUUGGGAAAAAAGACCCCCCAACCACCAUAAGGAGGAAACUUGGAGAACUCAGACAAGGACGGGAAACAUCAGCUGAGUUUGCAGAGGAGGUGAGACGCCUGGUCACACUUGCUUAUUCAGGAGUAGACCUCCAAUUACAGGAUCAGUUAGCAACUGAUGCUUUCCUCAAAGGCUUACGAAAUCAAAAGGUGGCCUAUGAAGUUAUGAAUCGUGAUCCAAGUUCCCUUGUUGAGGCCCAAAAGUUGGUGGAGGCCCAUGAGCAUAACUUCAAAGCUACCGUAGGCUGCGACACUGAGAUAAAAAACAGAGCAAGACGCAUCUCGUGGGUUGACGAAGAAGACAAGUGUGAAGACACAGCUACAGUGUCACGCAGGGUCCAGACUCCCCACUGCAGGUUGAAAGUCUCCAGCCUGGCAACACAAGAGCCCAAAAGCCAAAAGCAGCCCAGAGCUUUGUACCAGAAAGAAAGCAAAGUUACCAACAGGUGCAAAACAACAGAGGGCGCUCACAAACACCAAGCCCAAAUCGUGGAGCAGCCGGUCCAUGUUUUAAAUGUGGAGAGACAGGACAUUUCAGAAAGGACUGUGGAGUUUACAAGUUCCUCUGAUCAUAAAUGGCAUUUCAACACAAGCAGUGGCAGACACAGGAGCUCAAACAACUGUGAUAUCGGAAUAAGGUGGUGUGUAGAUUACCACAGUCUAAAUAGUUUGACUGUCAAGGAUGCUUAUCCGCUACCCCAGAUUGAGGAAUGUCUUGAUGUUGUUGGGGGAGCUACCAUGUUCUCCACACUUGACCUCCAGUCUGGUUACUGGCAGGUUGCAGUAGACAAAAACGAUCGUGAAAAGACAGCCUUCAUCACAAAAUGGGGCCUUUAUGAAUACACCCGAAUGCCAUUUGGACUCUGUAAUGCUCCGAGUACUUUUCAAAGGGCAAUGGAGUUUGUCCUUAGAGGCCUUCAAUGGGAAACCCUCCUUAUUUACCUGGAUGAUGUCAUUGUUGUUGGAAACGGAGUGGACCAAAGCUUAGAUCGUCUCGAGCAGGUUUUUCAAAGGUUUCAGAGCCAUGGGCUUAAGCUAAAGCCAUCAAAAUGUCACCUGGUUCAAGAAGAAGUCCUGUUUCUCGGCCAUAUUGUGAGUGGAGAAGGAAUCAGACCGAAUCCAGCUCCUGUCAAAGAUGUACAGGUGUGGAAAUCCCCUGAAAAUCUGCAAGAGUUACAGGCGUUCCUGGGGCUAUGCAACUACUAUCGCAAAUUUGUCCCAAAUUUUGCAGAACUGACAAACCCCCUUCAUCAUCUUCUGAAAAAGGAGAGUGAGUUUGUAUGGACAGAGGUACAUCAGGCUGCUUUUACUAAGCUCAAGGAGAGACUGACCACUGCACCUGUGCUGGGAUAUCCCCAUCCUGAUGGCAAGUUCAUUCUCGAUACUGAUGCCUCCAACAACAGUGUCGGUGCUGUCCUGUCACAGGUCCAGUGGGGAGAAGAGAGAGUUUUGGCCUAUGCCAGCUGUCAGCUUACGCCAGCUCAACAAAGGUACUGUGUCACACGUCGUGAAUUACUCGCUGUUGUGCGUUUCACACGUCAGUUCCGCCACUAUCUUCUAGGAAGAAAGUUCCUACUUCGGACCGACCAUGGCAGUCUCACCUGGCUCUUUCGGUUCAAGUGCCCUGAAGGACAGCUAGCUCGCUGGCUUGAAGAAUUGAGCCAGUAUGACUUCCACAUUGAGCAUCGAGCUGGUAAGCAGCACGCUACUGCAGAUACCAUGUCAAGGCUGCCAAAAGAAAAUAUGGAAAAAUGUGACUGUUACCAAGCAGGGGUGAAUCUGGCAGAUCUGCCAUGCAGAGGGUGCAAGUACUGCCAGAGAAUUCAUGAGCGGUGGGAAAAUUUUGAAGAAGACAUGGAUGAUGUUGAGCCACUAGCUGUGCGUUGCAUAGAGCCUCAAAGCUUUAUAAAUUGCAAUGGUACUCAGUCAGUGGAGGGUCAGCCAUCUGCACCCUUCUCAGAGAGCCCAGAGAUCAACUGGCUAGAAUCGCUUAGCCCUGAGCAACUUGCUACACUCCAGAAAGCAGAUCCUGUCCUCGCCAUCCUUUAUACAUGGAAGGAAACAGGGACGCUCCCCAGCAGAGAUGAGGUGAUGCUUGAAAGUCCUGCAUGCUACCACUGCCAGGCGAUCCGGACAAGGCAUCGCAGGAUGAAGGUUCAGGUCAGACUGUUCAACCCAAGGGACCAGCGUACCACCAGGGAGGCAGACGAGGUGAUGAAGAAUCUUCGGAAAAGACUUUUAAAACAUUGA